CCCUCGCUUCCCGCCACGUGGGGCAUCGCUCCGGCAAGCAGGCUCCCCUCCCUCCCUCUAUAAAUGCGAGCCUGGCACUGCGCCGAUCUUGGAACAGAGACAGGCAGGGCGCCGCCGGACGCGGAGAGAACGGGACUGAUUGCACCGCUCCGCGUCAUCUGCACCUGCUGGCACUUUGGUCUUAGGGAUAGUGAGAGAUGGGGAGGCAACCGUGCUGCGACAAGGUGGGCGCGAAGAAGGGGCCGUGGACGGCGGAGGAGGACCAGAAGCUCGUCAGCUUCCUCCUCAACCACGGCCACUGCUGCUGGCGCGUCGUCCCCAAGCUAGCAGGGCUGCUGAGAUGCGGGAAGAGCUGCAGGCUGCGGUGGACCAACUACCUGAGGCCCGACCUCAAGAGGGGCCCCCUCUCCGACGACGAGAAGAGGCUCGUCAUCGACCUGCACGCGCAGCUCGGCAACAGCUGGUCCAAGAUCGCGGCGCGGCUCCCUGGGAGGACGGACAACGAGAUCAAGAACCACUGGAACACCCACAUCCGGAAGAAGCUCCUCAGGAUGGGGAUCGACCCCGUCACCCACCUGCCAUUGCAGGAGGCCCCUGCUCCUCCCGUGCAAGAGCAGGAGAAGGAGCAGGAGCAGAAAGAGCAGCAUCCGCAGAACAAUGGUGAGCUCCUGCAGGAGGACACGGAGGAAGAGGACCUGCCGAUGAUCCAGCCGCAAGAGAUCGCGGCGCCACCGCCGCCUGCAGCGGCUGCGGCGGCCAUUAGCAACUGCGGCUCUGUUUCGUCUGUCUCUGCCUGCUCUGCCUCAGCGGUCUCGCCGUCCUGCUCCUCCUCGGCCUCGGCGGUAUUCGGCGUGGAUGUCCCCGAGUGGCCGGAACCCAUGUACCUUUUUGGCUUGGACGGCAUCAUGGACGCGGGCCGGGGCGGCCUCUUCCCCGGCACCGGCGGCGGUGGCAUGGGCGUCGACCUGUUCGACCAGUACCCGGGCGGUGGCUUCGACCAAGACGACGACUGGAUGUGACGCGCGUGAUCCUUGCAAUGCACAUAGAUUCGCCGCUUAGCUUCUCGCCAGUUCGAUCUCCCCUAUGAGCCUAGCCUAGCUUCCAUGGUUUUUAGCUUUCUCGGGAGUGUGCAUCGCCAUGUCCGUCGAUCCAGCUCCGUUGUUGAACUUGAAUCGAAUCUUGACAGAAAGAAAAUGGACAAAUUCGAGUGCGAAGAACUAGCCCGUGCUGUUGAUGUGAGUAUGUGACGCGUUUUGAUUCAACUAGCUCAGUGUGUGGCAGUCUCCAGAG